AAAUUGAGAGCUUUGGGGACUCAUAUUGCUUCAAUAAUUUUGCCAAUAUGGGAGAGUUCAAACACUUGGUGAUAGUUAAGUUCAAGGAAGAUGUCAAGGUGGAUGAGAUUCUCACAGGGCUAGAGAAGCUGGUUGCUGAGAUUGAUGCUGUCAAGUCUUAUGAAUGGGGACAGGACUUGGAGAGCCACGAGAUGCUUACACAAGGCUUCACUCAUGCUAUCUUGAUGACAUUCGACAAGAAGGAAGACUAUAGUGUGUUUCUCAGCCACCCUAAACAUGCAGACUUCUCUGCUACAUUUUCGUCUGUUAUAGAAAAGAUUGUGCUGCUUGAUUUCCCUGCUACUCUUGUCAAGCCUGCACCACCACCACCACCUCCACCAGCAGCGGAAGAAGUUAAACAAGAGGUUUAAAUUAGAAAUUUCAGAAUAAGUAGCUCUAUAAUCAUGAAAAUGGAACUACGAUGUCUGCUAGUGCUUGUUUGUGUGUUUUGUUCUGUGGUUUGUGCUUAUUAAAUCAUGGUAAUUUUCAAUUAUGCAGAUAAGAUGAUCACUUUAAUGUAAUUUCAACUUGUGUGGAAAUAUAUUAGGGUCAUAUUUCCUAAUGUGAAUGGAAAAUUAGCAUAAUUGUUGGA